ACUGACCAAUAGGUGAGUCUCACCUCACCACAUAAACUAUUAGACUAAUUUCAUAUUGUUCAAAAUGCAUUCGUUUAUCUGUCAAAACUAACAUUGUUGUCACAUUAUUCCCAAACCAGUCAUCGCGUGAAGCUCAACUCAUCAUUAGACGGAGUGAGUGAUGGUGGAAUCUGGAAGUGUUGAGCGUCCGGGAGGCGGUACGGUGCGGGUCCAGGAGACUCCUCCACCGAAAAUAAACCUGCAUGAAGGGGAAAACGAGCGAGCGAGAGAGAAAAAGAGAGAUAGAGGGAGGAGGAAGAAGAAGGGAAACAUCUCGAAAGAGUGCAGGGGGAAACAUACGGGAGAGAAAGAGGGGAGUGCCUGCGUUUGCAGCGGAUUAAAAAACUGCGCAAUUUCCAGACUCGCAUCUCUUCCACGCCAAAAUGAAACUCGUGAGUGGACACGAGAGGCUCUCAUCGUGGCACCAUUUUGGCAACGUCGUCGUUUUGCCAAAACUGCAUAAUGUGAUGAAACCGGAGAGAAGUCGUGAGCUUUAUGCGUGCUUUCUUGGGGAAGACUCGGGGACAAUUUUGCGCGCUGACGUUUGUCACAUCAUCUCCCCUUACAGUGGUUUCACAACGCAGCUGCGUGUAGAUGCAUGUACACGCCGACAUUUUACAUUCAUUUGCGUUUUGAAAUUGCACGUUUAUGAUGUUUACAGAGGUGAUGACGGAUGGCGUUCAUUCAUCGCGCGCGACGAAAGAAACUGCGUAGUUGCUUGUAUUUUUACAAUGAGGACAUGCGAGAAGAAGAAGCCACCUCCCAGUUUGACCCUCCGUGCAUUAGCAGAACUUAUUGUUUCACCAUGGCUGAGAUUUGGUUGGCCGACAUAAAUGUCACUCGAGAUUGUAAGGAUCACAAAUCCAAUGAAACGCCUCAGUGCCUUCACUUAGCCAAUGGGAGAGGAAGAUCAAAGCGCACUUAUAAAAGUUGACCAAUAGGGUGGAUGGAUGAUACCUGCACAAAACCAAUGACUGGAGAACAGAGAGCAGAAAAAACUGUGCAGCUCUCUUACUCAUGCCCUCUCCACUCCUCCUCCCCCCACUUAUUGCUCCGGAAAGAAAGAGGAGAUGGAAGGAAAGACUGAGAGGAAGAGAAUGCGACAGGAAGUAGAAGAGUGGGGAGAGAGACUGAGCAUCACAGAUCCUCUUCUUAACUUUUGGGAGCAAAGACUAGAGGCGCAAGCUGGUCUCGCAGGACGAGUUUUACUACUAAAGUGAUCCAGGACCACAGAGUCGGUCGAGAUGAUUGACUAUUGGUGCUAAACCCAACUCUUCAAAAGUUUGAGAGGUGCUAUCCAAUGCUGAUUUGACAGUUGGCAGGAGUAACAGUAAACAGCUUCUUUAUCGUGUUGGUGAGUGGCCCUUUCUGUUGUGCAGUGGAGGGCUUCACACUUGCAGCUAGUGUGGCUGGAUGAAUCACACAGCAGAACAGUUUGGUGGGUGCAGCACACGGGACCCUUUUCCUCUGGAUGGUCUUAACCGUGGACCAUGGGCUCCCGUGGGCAGCCGCGCCUGGCCACCUCCCCCCAGGUGCUUACCUGGUGUAAAUCAACACCAGUUCCACCCCCAUCUCCCUCCCAGUCACAUGACUGGGAUAAACCAUCCAAAUAAAUUCUUAAACAGUCCCUUACCUCGAGGGGACAAGCAUGAUCUGUCUCAGGCUUUGAUGCCAGGAUUACCCCCAAGGUUACCCCCUGCACCUCCCAGGCCUUGGGAACCAACCAGAACAGGCCAGGCAUAUGAUCCCUUACCUGGUGGUGAUCUCAACCGGCUGCAAAUUAGUUAUAAUGCAGGACCUCCUGCACAUCUGGCAGCGCGAGCCAAUCAGCUACUGAAGUAUGGUGCUCCUCAUCCUCAGCAUGGCUCCAGGCCCAUGCCUCCAUUAACUGAUCCAUGGACUCAACCUCAGACUCAGCAGCAACCCAGGGGCCCUCACUCUAAUGCUGGGCCUUUAAAACGACCAGGGCCCCCUUUGGGAGAGCACUCAGUUAUUCAGCCCACCCCUACUCCAUCUCUGCACCGACCCAUGGAGGAUUGCCCUAGCCCCAGGAAAAGAAAAAAGAGCUUCGAGCCCGAGCAGAGUUUUCAUUCAUCCACGCAGCAAAUACAUGGGCCACCUGUACAUUUAAAUCAGCAGCCAAACUCACAUUACCCCCCUCACAAACCUGGAUUUUGGAACCCAGUGCACAAAGAAGCAACAUGGAACCAAUCAGAGCGAAAAAGCGGACACAUGGAUUUCCAGGACAAGCCAGAAAUUGGGCGUUUCUCAUACAAACCACCUCUACUGAAUCCAUCAACUGUGUCUCCACCUACUAUCCCCCCCACAAGAGGCUAUGGACAAAGCAGAGGUCAUCCUCCACAAUCCCACAAGAUCCAUCAGCCACCACAAACACUGGGGACACCUUCCCAGAACCAUCACAUUCACCAUUCUACAGACCCCUAUUCCAUUAACAGAUCUACAGGACAAGGGAAGCCAGAGAGUACUACUCAAAAAGGACAUGAUUCUGGAGGUUGUUCCUCAAAUAGCCAGGCUCCACCAACUACAUUAUCAUCAUCAUCAUCACUGCAGGCAGAUAGGGAGCGCCCAACACCCUCACCAGCAAACCACACCACUGUGCCUUACAGUCACCCCCAGUUCCAGCCUCACCCAGGGCUGGUUCAUUCCACCAGCCCACCGGCCAGCAGCCCAACCCAGGCCACAGUACCUCAGCACAACCUCCAUAAACCCUGGAGGAACCAAGUUACACAUGGACAGCAUAAAGAGUCCUGUACUUAUUCAGCAGAAGGGGAUUCUCAGGUUGUUGCUCGCCCUUCCCAGGGACAUAAUAGGCUUGGUGGAAACGACCAGGAUCCAGGGACACCCCAACGUGUGAGUCCAACUCAGGCAUCUGCCAGAGCACCUGUAAUUACCCCAAACCUGGAGACUCCCCAUCCCUCUCGCUCUCUUGAACUCUUUGGAAAUGUUGAAAGCAUCUCUUCAAUGAGCUCAGCAACACCUACCAAUUCCAUCACUAUAAAUAACUGGAGAAAUACAGAUUCUUCGGUGCUAAUCUCAAACCCAAACCAUCUAUCCAUUAAUAGUCAAAACCUACCACAUCCAAGGUAUCAGGAUAUCCGCCCUGGUGUUGGCAACUAUUCACAACCACCCAGAGUGGCACAAUCUCAGAUUCAGCAGUCCACUAUUCCCCACACAGGACAGAGUAGACUUAACUACACCCCAGUAUCCUCAGCUCCCUCCUCCCUAAACUCAGGGCAUCAGAGAUCAGGGGACAGCGUCAUCACCAGCAAUACCUCUAACACUCCCCCAAAGGCAGUCAGUUUACACCUACAAAGCCCUCAACAUUCAGCACCUGUUACAGUAAACUCAGCCCUUCAGACAGUAUCCAAUUGUUCAUACACCACAGUGCCCAUCCAAGCUUCCUCAGUUUCUCAGGCAGCUACUGUUCCAACCUCAGUCCACCCAGGCCCAUUUUUGCAAAAUGCUGCCCCAAGCCCUCAGUCCAUUGCUGAUGCUUUAAAUAAACUUGAUGCAGAGUUGCGGAGCCAUAUGCAAGCAGAGGAGAGAAGAAGAAAACAGGAGGAAGAGACAAAGCCUCCCAAUGAGUCAGCCAUCAAGAGUCUGGAGCGCUUUCUCUCAAGUAGUGCACCUGAGCCUCCACGUCUGUCUCCUGCCAAUGCACCCUCCUCCGUUUCACCCCCUAGUCAGAAUUCCCUUCCCUAUCCCUGGUUGAGUCGAGGUGGAGUGCCACCACGUCCUACUGGAACUCCAACUCUUCUGGAACGAUCCCAGCCACCUCCUCUCACGCCGCAGACAGAAUAUGCACGUGAGAAGCAAAGGCAGAGAGAGAAGUGGAAGAAUGGCACACCCUCGAGUCCUCCUUCACAAAAUUCCACUGGAAUUUCCACAUACCCUUCAAAGCCUGGUCUCGUCAGCCUCUCUGACAACCAGAGCCACACGACGCAAUUAAAACCUGACCAAUCUAAAAAUACCACCAUGCUAAUAAAAGCCUCUCAUAAUGCUGGGAUUAUGGAUGCUUUGCCCAAACCCCCACCCCUGCGAGAGCCACCUAAACUUUAUCAGGCUUUCCCUAAGCAAAAACACAGGCCUAGUGCAGGGCUUGAAACUUUUGGUAGCAGUGCUAACAGCUGCAGUGGUGACUCUGAUGGUGCACAAUUUGAAGAGGAACCUUCGGAGCUCUUGCCUGAUGGAUUGGCUAAUAUUAUGAAGAUGUUGGACGAGUCCAUUAAGAAAGAAGAAGAGAUGUUAUCUGGUCACAUUGGGGAACAGGCAGUACCAGAACCACCAUUCUCUUUGAACGUGGCUCCAUUAAAGGGUUACUUACGUGCCCCAGACCUCUUGCCUGCCCUCAAACAUUCUCCAGCUGGCGAUUAUCAACAGGAUGGCCAUGCAAGUCCACCCGUAUUAAGUCGGCAAGGUUCACUGGCGUCUCCUUGCAGCCGUACUUCCUCACUCGAGGAAGAAGAGGACGUUCUAAAGGUGAUUUCUAAGCCAGGGAAUCCCAUUAGCAUGCAAUCUCAUGAAAGCAUUCUGGCCACAGCAGGAACAAAUUAUCGCCAUAGUGACUUGGCUAAGCUGUAUGGCCUUCCAGAGGUAGAAAAAAGUGAGUGUGAUGAUGAUGAAGAGGAAGUAGAUAGAGAAGAUGAUACUCCAUCUUGUUCACCACCACCUCAGCGGCCACACCUCCAUCAAACUGGUGUGAAUAGCAUGUUUAAAAACCUUGCCUCUGUGCUUGGAAGCCAGAAAUACACCUACCGUGGUGGGCCUUUUGGUCGCCCUCCUCCUUCUGCCUUUUUGGGAGUGAAGUAUUCUUCCUCACUUUCCCUAGGGCCUGACAUUUGCCGGCAACAACAAAGCACUUCACCUACAUCAGGUUUAGCCAGCCACCCAGGCUUUAGCAGUCCAACCCAAACCUCUCCCAGUAGUAACUUGGCUCAGCCCCAAUCCCUCUCACCUACAGAAUGGGCAUCAGAGAGGAAGAUAAGCCAGUCAGAUUUUCUGGACAAUGAUGAUGAGGAUUACAAGAACGAAGAAACCACAGAAAAGAAGCGUUCUAUAACUCCAAAAGAGUUAGUCGAAAGACGGCCAAAGCUAACCACUAUCUCAGAGUCUUCACUAGCUGAACUUGCUCAUAACUAUGAGUUGAACAAACACAUACUCCCUUCUAAUGACCACUCAAAGGCAGAGGUGCAAGAGAUGUCCAAACCUGAUAAAGAAAAAGACAGACAUAGAGACCGAGAAAGAGAGAGGAAACACAGACACAGUAGCAAGAAACAUGAGGACCGGAAGGAGAGGAGGAAAAAGCACAGGGAAAAACAAGAUGAUGCAUCCCUUUCCUCCUCAUCCUCUUCCAGCUCCAGUCGACGGCAUAAGGAUGGAAAGUCACACAAGGAAAAGAAGAGUAGGAAGGUGCUGGGUAACUUGGACCUUCAGAGUAAGGAGUUUAGGGAGAAAGAACACGAGCGUGAUGGAGACAAGAAGAGAAGGAAAGAGGAAUGUGGACGAUCCCAGAGCGAGGUCGAAGAGUGGGCACGUAGUGACGACAGGACAAGCAUUUCUGGGCAUUCCUCCGAUUUCCCAUCUGGAUCAUCAGCAUUAUGUUCUGAUGACUUGCAGAAACUAAAGGCAUUGACAGAUGGGCCACCCAAAGAACUGAAGAUACGCCUUAUAAAGGUGGAGAGUGGAGACAGGGAGACAUUUAUUGCAUCAGAGGUUGAAGAGAAGAGGAUCCCUCUGGAGGACAUCAGCAUAAAAAACACAGCUAGUGAAAUCAUCCGAGCAUGCAAGGGGGCUCGGGUGAAGGGAAAGUUUAAGGAAUCGUACCUCCUACCUGCCUUUUCGGUCAAGCCAGUUAUGAACACAGAGCAGCCUAUCCCUCGAGAGAAACUGAACCCCCCCACACCAAGUAUCUAUUUGGAGAGUAAGAGAGAUGCAUUCUCUCCAGUGCUGCAGCAGUUCUGCACAGAUCCUAAAAACCCCAUCACUGUCAUCAGGGGACUAGCGGGCUCCCUUAGACUGAAUCUGGGCCUGUUUUCCACCAAGUCUUUAGUGGAGGCAAAUGCGGAGCAUGCGGUGGAAGUUCGGACCCAGGUCCAGCAGCCAGCCGAUGAGAACUGGGAUCCCACUGGCACUGGCCAGACCUGGCCCUGCGAGAGCAGCAGGUCACAUACAACAAUAGCCAAGUAUGCCCAGUAUCAGGCCUCCAGCUUCCAAGAGAGCUUACAGGAAGAGAAGGGCAGUGAGGAUGAAGAUGAGGAGGAGGAUGAAGAAAUUAAAUCAGCCACUAACUCUGAGAGCACAGCCAAUAACCCAUCAGCUCCCAGCUCCAGUAAUACAGAGCAGAAGGCUGUGGGAAAGAUAAUUAAAUUUGGCACCAACAUUGACCUGUCUGAUCCCAAAAGAUGGAAGCCCCAGCUGCAGGAACUGCAGAAGCUACCAGCAUUUAUGCGCGUGUCCUCUAGUGGAAAUAUGCUGACUCAUGUUGGCCACACUAUUUUGGGAAUGAAUACAGUACAACUCUACAUGAAGGUCCCUGGCUGCCGCACACCAGGACACCAGGAGAACAAUAACUUUUGCUCUGUGAACAUCAAUAUUGGGCCUGGAGACUGCGAGUGGUUUACUGUACACGACGACUACUGGGAGGCCAUAAGUGAUUUUUGUGAAAAGCAUGGAGUGGACUAUCUAACAGGAUCAUGGUGGCCGGUUCUUGAUGAUCUGUACCGUGCUAAUAUACCCGUGUACCGAUUCAUCCAGAGGCCAGGAGAUCUGGUAUGGAUUAAUGCAGGCGCUGUACACUGGGUCCAGGCUGUGGGCUGGUGCAACAACAUCGCUUGGAACGUGGGUCCUCUUAACCCAUAUCAGUACCAGUUGGCAUUAGAGAGAUUUGAGUGGAAUGAAGUCAAGAAGGUGAAAUCCAUCGUUCCCAUGAUUCACGUGUCUUGGAACGUGGCACGCACCGUCAAAGUCAGCGACCCCCAAACAUACAAGAUGAUAAAACAUUGUCUCCUCCAGUCUAUCAAGCACAUUCAGAUCCUGAGAGACCAGCUAGUGGCAGCAGGGAAAAAGAUCUCCUACCAGAGUAGAGUGAAGGAUGAGCCGGCCUACUACUGUAAUGAGUGUGAUGUGGAGGUGUUUAACCUGCUGUUUGUGACCAGUGAAAAUGGCAGUCGGAAGACAUACGUAGUGCACUGUGAGGACUGUGCACGAAAAAGCAGUCCUAACCUCUCCAAUGUAGUAGUGCUGGAGCAGUACCGCAUCGAAGAGCUGAUGAACGCGUAUGACUCUUUUACCUUGGCCAUCGCUCCCAGCACUCGAUGAGGACAACUCGCCCCUUUCCCUCACACAGCCAUAACCAAAACUCCUGCUCGCAGGACAAGAUGUUGUUUGUGAUUUUUCUUUUCAACAGUAAAUUAACUACUACUGCUAAUAUUUGUUGAACAGCCAAUUGAACACCAGUUUACUCAGCAUUGUUUACAAAAAAAAAAAACAAUUAGCCAAUAAGAUGAUCUUGUGUACCAGUGGCUCUAUGGGACUUCAAAAUGGAACCCAGUUUGGUGCUCACAGCAGUGGAGCCGACGCGCUCGUCAUUUCUGGCAUGCCGGUUUUUUGUUCAUUGUUUUGUCGUCUUGAAUAAUGAAAUGUGUAAAUGCUCUUUGUACUUUUCCUGGGGUGCUUUUUUCUCCAAUAAUUUAUUAUUUUUGAAACUAGAACAGCCUAGAUAUAUACCACAUUGGCCUUGUGACUUGUAUUUAGCGAAGAGAUAAAAUUAAUAAUACUAAUAGAGCUAUGGACAUUUUUCUAAAGCAUUAAGAAUUAAAAGAAAUACAGUUGUUCAGAAUGCUUCAAAACAUACGGGUUUUAAAGACUUGUUCAUUUUUAGUAAGUAUGGAAUGUUGUGUUUAUGAUGUCGAUUUAAUUUUUCACGAAAAAAAAUCAUCAGUACAAACAUUCAAGGGUUGCAUUUACUUAUACUGCAUUUUGUGAGAGUAUAAUUGUUCAGUUUAUCCAUUUUGUUCAGUGAAUUGUUUCUCACCUCUAUACAAAUCUAUUUUCCUCAUUUUUUGUAAAUUGUUUAUUUAAAAAUUUCCUUCUAUUUAUUGAUCUAGAAAACAUUCUCCCCUGCCUCAAGUAUGGUUAUCAGAGUUGUAUUAAGGGUUUUGAUUGUUAUUCUAAUUUCUCUGUAAUAUUUUAAAGGGAUUAGAGGGUUUUGAUAUUUUUUUAGUCUUGGUGCUUUUACCCUUUAAAUAUCUUUACUUUUAUUUACAAGUCUCUCAUCAUUGAUUCCGUGUCCAUAGAUUGUAGAGCACAGACGGGUGGAAUUUGAAUAAUUAUGUUUUGUACACACAAUUGUUUUAGACAUUUUUCCACUUACACAAAUGUGAUCGCUUCAACACCUGUUUACCUUGGAAUUGGAGACCUGUUCUCUCUGAAAAGUUUCAAAAUGGUGAUUUUUGCCAGUAAUCCUAAACCUAGAUCAGCUGCCAACGCGAUCAUGAAUACAGGAAUUAGGAUUAUGAACUAUUGAAUAUAUUUAGUGGUGCUUUUGUCCUGUUGUAAAUGCUGUUCAAUUAGGACAUGUUUGCCAUGCUGACUAAAGCAGACAAUAUUUCAACAUGCACAGUAUAUAUUUGUUGGCUACAGUGAGCUCUCAUGCCAAUACCAGGCAUUUACCGAGUGAAUUAAGUUGAACUGUAAAUUCUGUGGCAUUUUACUGGAACGAGUCAUAUAGCGUGAAAGGGGAUUUAAAUGCAUUAUCUUGUUUUGAUUUAUAUACUGUCGUUUUUUUACCGAGAUUUAGGGGCGUUAGCUUGAAAUAAUUCAUGUAUUAUCAGGAAAAUGUUGGUUUUACUUAUGAUAUAGAUGGUGCUGAGUUCUUGAGCUACUUUCUUGAUUUUUUUUUUAUGAAAUAUUUUUCUCGUUGCAAUACACACUUUCCUGUUUUUCUGAUUUUUAUUUGAAUUUUGUGGUUAUUUAAAAUCUGCACUGUUUUGGAAUUCACACACGAAGCGAACUGAGCCAGACAUGUCUUAAACACUUUGUGAAUUCGUGUGACAUUGAUAUGAUUACUCUGAAUAAUAUUAAAUGCUUUUGAUAAAGUUUAA